GUGUGUUGAGAUAUCAUGGCAUCGGUGAUUUCAGCAUCUCGAUUUACAUUCUCCAUUUCGAAUUCCGCGAGGCUGUGUUCGAACGCUAGGGUUUGGCUACCUUCUUCAAUUUGUCUCCUCUCUUGGAAUUGGAAUUCCAUUUCAUUUAGCUCGGCUUCUAUGAGUGAAUCUGCUGAAAGUAAUUCUGUUCUUCCACUAGACGACGGCGGAGCGAAGGCGGAGGAGGCCGCCGACGUUUUGGUUCAGUACGUGGUGCUACGGAGAGAUCUGAUCGAUUCGUGGCCGCUCGGAAGUGUUGUGACUCAGGGAUGCCAUGCUUCAGUCUCCGCCAUUUGGUUGAAUAAAGACGAUCCUCACACUUCGGAGUACUGUAGUCCCCAAAAUAUCGAUUCUAUGCACAAGGUUACUCUCGAGGUGAAGGGAGAAACUCAGAUCGUUAACUUAUCGGAGAAACUUAAAGCAAAUUCAAUCGUCCAUAAACUGUGGGUAGAACAGCCAGAGAACAUUCCAACAUGUCUUGCCUCAAAGCCCUACCCCAAAUCAGUUGUAUCACCAUUUUUUAAAAAGCUGAAACUCUGUAAGUGAUGGAGUAUUAAAUUUUAAGGAUUGAUGAGCAGUAAUUUCCUUUACAACUACCCUGCCCAACUCAAAAAAGUGAGAGAGAAGAACGGCUUUCGUGAAUUCGACGUUAAAAGGGCUGCUGAUUAUUUUUAUGCACCUCUUCUAGUUCAUGUUAAAAUCUGAUUAAUUCAUUCUACGUUUUGAAUCCAGAACUGCAAUCUAUUUCUAUAGA